GCCUCCGCGGGACGUAAACAAACCUCGCCUGGUCCGCGUUCGCGCUGCGCUUCCUCGGCUCGCCUUCCGCCCUCGGCUCCCGCGGGCGACGCGCCGCCCGCCUCGGCACAGUCCUUUCCUUCCUCCCUCGCGUUAGGCAGGUGACAGCAGGGACAUGUCCCGGGAGAUGCAGGACGUAGACCUGGCUGAGGUGAAGCCUUUGGUGGAGAAAGGGGAGAGCAUCACCGGCCUCCUGCAAGAGUUUGAUGUCCAGGAGCAGGACAUCGAGACUUUACAUGGCUCCGUUCACGUCACGCUGUGUGGGACUCCCAAGGGAAACCGGCCUGUCAUCCUCACCUACCAUGACAUCGGCAUGAACCACAAAACCUGCUACAACCCCCUCUUCAACUACGAGGACAUGCAGGAGAUCACCCAGCACUUUGCCGUCUGCCACGUGGAUGCCCCCGGCCAGCAGGACGGCGCAGCCUCCUUCCCCGCAGGGUACAUGUACCCCUCCAUGGAUCAGCUGGCUGAAAUGCUUCCUGGAGUCCUUCAACAGUUUGGGCUGAAAAGCAUUAUUGGCAUGGGAACAGGAGCAGGAGCCUACAUCCUAACUCGAUUUGCUCUGAACAACCCUGAGAUGGUGGAGGGCCUCGUCCUCAUCAACGUGAACCCUUGUGCAGAAGGCUGGAUGGACUGGGCCGCCUCCAAGAUCUCCGGAUGGACCCAGGCCCUGCCAGACAUGGUGGUGUCCCACCUCUUUGGGAAGGAAGAAAUGCAGAAUAACGUGGAGGUGGUCCACACCUACCGCCAGCACAUCGUGAAUGACAUGAACCCCGGCAACCUGCACCUGUUCAUCAACGCCUACAACAGCCGGCGUGACCUGGAGAUUGAGCGACCAAUGCCGGGGACCCACACAGUCACCCUGCAGUGCCCUGCACUGUUGGUGGUAGGGGACAGCUCGCCUGCAGUGGAUGCAGUGGUGGAGUGCAACUCGAAACUGGACCCAACAAAGACCACUCUCCUCAAGAUGGCGGACUGUGGCGGCCUCCCACAGAUCUCCCAGCCGGCCAAGCUCGCUGAGGCCUUCAAGUACUUCGUGCAGGGCAUGGGAUACAUGCCCUCGGCUAGCAUGACCCGCCUGAUGCGGUCCCGCACAGCCUCUGGCUCCAGCGUCACUUCUCUGGAUGGCACUCGCAGCCGCUCCCACACCAGCGAGGGCACCCGAAGCCGCUCCCACACCAGUGAGGGCACCCGAAGCCGCUCCCACACCAGCGAGGGGGCCCACCUGGACAUCACCCCCAACUCGGGUGCUGCUGGGAACAACACCGGGCCCAAGUCCAUGGAGGUCUCCUGCUAGGCGGCCUGCCCAGCCGCUGCCCCGGACUCUGAUCUCUGUAGCGGCCCCUUCCUCCCCAGCCCCUUCUCACCCCCUACCUGCCACACUGCACCUAACUUGGUAUUAAUCCAAAGCUUAUUUUGUAAGAGUGAGCUCUGGUGGAGAUAAAUCGGGUCUAUUAUGUGGGUGCCCUCUCCAAAGGCGGGGUGUCGGUGGACCUAAGGAAGGAAGCAAGCGUCUCUGCAUCUUACUCCAUCAACCAGUGGCCGGUUGCCACUCUCCUCCCCUCCCUCAGAGACACCAAACUGCCAAAAACGAGACACGUAGCAGUGCACACUUCACAAAGCCAAGCCUAGGCUGCCUUGAGCAUCCUGGUUCAAACAGGUGCCUGGUCAGAAGGCCAGCUGCCCAUUCUGGUUUCCUCUCUGAGCAGAAGCUGACCCCAUUCCUGGAAACAAAAUCCUUUUCCCAUUUUUGUGUGUCGGGGGUAAUAGUGAAGUGCAGGCACCUCUUUUAAAUAGGCAAAACAGGAAGGGGGAAAAGGUGGGAUUUAUGUUGAGGGUAGAGGCAUUUGGAACAAUGAAUCAUUGUAUUUAACUUGAAGAAACCGAUUUUUAAAGUUGGUGCAUCUAGAAAGCUUUGAACGCAGAAGCACACAAGCUUGAUUUUUCCAGCAUUCUCUUACUGCGCAGCAGAAGCAGUCAGCAGAAUCUCCUGGCUUUCAGACAGACAUGUUUCAGCAAACGUUGCGUGUCAUGGUUUUUGAAGGCUUUAGUUCUGCUUUCUGCCUCUCCUCCACAGCUGCAGCCUCCUGCCCUGUUGAGGGAGGAGAUCAUUUAGAUUUGUUUUGCAUUCCUUGGAAUGGAGGGAAACAUUCCACAAGCUGCCCUGGCUGUGAUGAGUAUCCUUGCCAGGGCGGGGUAGGAGCGUUGGGGUGGGGGUGGAAUUGGGGUUACUCAGUGUAGGGGAUUCCUUGUGGUUGUGAUGGGAUCCAGUGCAGUUGUGAUCUCAGCCUGGGUCCAGGAAUUUUGUAUUAAAUCCAGUUCUCAAUCUUCGACAGCUGGGCUAGAAUGUGAACUCCAUAGCUGAAUCUUUCUGACCUGGUCACAUUCCUGGAUCCUCAGAACUCUUUGCUCUUGUGGGGGUGGGGGUGGGGGUGGGAACUCAUGGGGAGCGGUGGCUGAGAAAAUGUAAGGAUUCUGGAAUACAUAUUCCAUGGGACUUUCCUUCCCUCUCCUGCCUUCCUCUUUUCCUGCUCCCUAACCUUUCGCUGAAUGGGCAGCACCACUGACGUUUCUGGGUGGCCUGCAUGGCUGCCAGUCUCCUGUACUACUGCCUUGGUUCACCGUGGAUUUUAUCAUAGGAAGUUUGGUAAGUCAGCCGCCGGGGCCUGAGGAUUUCUGGGGCCCUGGAGCUGGGAGAAGGAUAGUCCAGCCUUCCAGGGGGCUUGAGAGGCAAUGACUCACUAUCUGCCGCCUGUCACCUUGGAGGCCUUUCCUGGCAUUGCGCAGAAAGGUUGGGGAUCGAGCAAGAGAGGCUGAGUAUAGAUGGGAAAUUAUUGUGCACAAGUCUUUCCAGAGGAGUUUCUUAAUGAGAUAUUUGUAUUUAUUUCCAGACCAAUAAAUUUGUAACUUUGCA